UGCAUUCACAUUUAAUUUAAAGAUCUGACUCGGAAGUAACGAACGAAUUCAGGAAUAGGAUAGUAACAAUCACAGUGAAUACAGAGAAGUGGAAACGGCACUCAUUGCAAGCUUCUUUAAUAAGCCGCUGUCACGAAUGAUGGGAAUUUUAUUAUAACAAUCGUAGUAAAUUUCAGGCCCCCUUCCACCAACUAUAUAAAAAUUGGUGGAAAAAUCUCAUCACAGAGUAAAGAUGGAAAUGAAGCUAAUUUUUGGGUUCGUGCUUUUACUCAUCUCAACCAUACCCGAGGGUUCGAAGGCGCAAUACAGUGGCUGUGAUUAUAGUAUUGACGUAGCCAGUGGACUGUCCUUUACGAUAUACUCUCCCAACUACCCUGGAUACUAUGGAGCCAACACUCAGUGCCGGUGGACACUAAGCACUACGCAAGGAUCGCGCAUUGCUCUUUCCUGCAGUGAAAUAGCAAUUCCUUCGAGCUCAUCAUGUGCCACCGAUCGCCUAAUUGUGUCGACGAAUGGUCAACCGAAUCUUUCCGAUGGCCAAGCGUACUGUGGAACUGGAGUGCUGAACACCGAAUCCACCUAUAACAGCCUGGUAGUUGCACUGCAAGUUGCCGGAACGACCUACGGUGGACGCUUCUACUGCACGGCCAACAAAAUAGAAUGUCAAUGUGGAAUGCGACGCAAGAAAAAAAUUGUAAAUGGAGUCGAAACGCUGGUGAACGAAUUCCCAAUGAUGGCCGCGCUGGUCGAUGCUUCCGGAGGAGAGGGGAUAUUCUGUGGUGCAACAGUCAUAACCAACUAUCAUGCGGUGACGGCAGCUCACUGUUACAUGGGACGAUCGUUACCGAACCUCGGUCUUCUAGUGGGUGACCACAACAUAACUUCCGGCUCCGAUACGCCCUAUUCCGCGCUGAUACUCUUGUCUUCGAUAAAGCUCCACGAAGGUUACAAUCCUACGGCGGGCACAAACGACAUAGCGAUCGUAAGAACACGUUCGGAGAUCUUUUUCAACACUGGCGUAGGGCCCGCCUGUUUACCGUUCAAGUACUAUGGUGCAUCAUUCAUCGGCAUCGAGCUGGAAGCCGUCGGUUGGGGGGCUCUCGACUAUGGUGCCCCAAAGUCGAACGUCCUCAUGAAGGUCGGCCUAACGGUCGUUGAUGGAGCUCAGUGCUCGGCGAUCUAUCCCAACUUUUCCGUCACGCAGCAGCUGUGCACACUAACCGCGGACAAGGAUACCUGCCAGAGCGAUUCAGGCGGUCCGUUGUUCUACACCGAUGCGUACAAUGGGCGCGUUUAUCUGGUCGGCGCUAUCGGUUACGGGAUCGCUUGUGCCUCGAAUCAACCGAGCGUCAACACGAACGUUCUCAACUACAUGCAGUGGAUUACGACGAAUACGCCCGAAUGGAACUACUGUUACCAAUAAAUGGACAAUUUAUUUCACGCAA